AUGGAGUCAUCUGAUGAGAGUUUUAUUUGGACAGAUGCAUCUAGCGAUUCCGAUAUGGCAACAGACGUUAAAAACGAAAAUGGUAAAGAUGAAUCAGAUACAGAUUUUAAAUAUAAGAGAGAGUUAUUACAAGAUGUAGAUAAACAAAGUAAAGAAAAAGCUAAGAAGAGAAAACAUAUAGACAAUAAUGAGGACAUUACUCAUGAACAAAAGAAGCAUAAACAGAUUAAAUCCGAAGCUGAAAGUGAUAUUGAUCUACCGAAAAAGAAAAGAAAGAAAAGAAGUGAAUCUAUACUGAACAAUAGUGACACAAAAGAAACUUUAGAUGAAAUAGACAAUUACCUGAACAUUAGAAUAAAGCAAGAGCAAGAAUCAUUUGUAGAGCCUAUUGAUGUUAAACCUAAAAAAAAGAAGAAACAUAAAAAAGAUUUAGACUCAUCUGAUAGCCAAAAAUCUGACAGCUUAAACCCACAGUCUUCUUUGAUUGAUAAUCAAACCAUAAAAUUAAACAGUGAUUCGACCCGAAGCACUUUAAAUGAAAUUGAUGAUUAUCUUAAUUAUAGAGUAAAACUAGAGCAAGACUCUUUUGUAGAACUUAAUGAAACAAAAACUAAAAAAAAGAAAUCAAAAAAAAACAUAGAUGCAAGUAUUUCCGAUAGCUAUGAUUCACAAUCUACAGUUGAAGGUUCUACAAUUAAUCAAGGAUUAAAUUCUGAAGAAAGAAGUUAUGAAAAUAAAAAAAUGAGAAAGAAAAAUAAAGAUAAAAGUAAAGAUAAAAAUUGUUGUGCUGAUUCUGAAGAAAUAGAAAAUCAUGAAAAUAACAUAUCCAAAAACAGAAAAUCAAUCUGCAAAGAUGAUAAUGACACAUAUGAUGAAAAAGAAAUUGUACAAAAUGCAUACAUAGAUUGUGAUGAGAAUAAUGUAAAUUCUUCAACAAAAAACAAUAUCAGUGAACCAGAGAAUGGAAAUAUUAGUGAUGAAAAAGAGAAAUCAAUAAAUAAUAAUAAGCUGGUGUCAAACACAAGUGAUGCAUGUGACAGCGAGCAAUCUAGAGCAAAUAAAUCAUUUUCGGAUAGGUUGAGGUUUGAAGAUGAUAACAGUGCAGACUUUGAGUGUGUAAAUGAUGAACAGGAUAAAAAUUUGCCAAAACAUAUUAAGCAGUUUGUUAAAAUUAAUAAGCAUUUAACACCAACAUCAGCCAAAAUUCAUAGUGACCAUUUUGUGUCGGAAGAUGAUGAAGUAUGGAUUAUUAAGUGUCCUAAUGAAUUUGAUAUCAAGGACUUCAAAGACAUAACAUUAACAUUGUUGGACAAUAAGUGUAAAAUGAAACUCAAUGGGCAAACUUAUGAUGGUGCAUUUGAUGAUAGUAUACAAAGAGUUCCAAUAUUGGCACUUGAUAAAAAUAGAAAAAAAACUGUGGUCAAAAAUAUGCCUAUAAUGGGGCUUACUAAGUUUCGUAAAAGACUACCUAAAGCUCACAUACCAGACCAAGGGACAUUUAUUAACAACCUCACAAAUUUUAUCCCCCUUCCUGAAACUAAAUGUCGACAUCCAUUGUUUGGAAUAAAUUAUAAAAAAGCUAUAAAAAUCCCACCCUCUAUUGCUGAACGACUAAAUGGACCAAUAGAAGAAUCUUCAAUGGCAGACAGUGUUAAGAAAAAGAAAAAAAAACAUAAAAAGGAAACCUGUAAAACUGAAAGUGAGUGUGAUGUUGAAUCAGAACAAAUUGUAGAUAUACAACCUGUCACUUCAUCUAAGAAAAAACGAAAAAGAAAACAUAGUGAUGAGUUGGACAGCCCACCUAGCAAAUCUAAAAGGAUCAAACACGAUCCAGACUCAGCCGAGGCUUGGGAGUCCGAGCAAGCUAUUAAAAAUAAUCUUUUCGGUCUUGAA